AUGAAAUUUGGAGGUGUUUGCAUUAUUUUGGUGUUGCAAUGCAUUAUUUCUAUAGAAGGAACUAUACCACAGCCUUUAAACCCCAUGGAAAAUAUUGAAAAAAAUAAGAGAUCCAUUAAUUUUAAGAUUGCAUGGGAAAAUAUUAAAAACGAAUCCAAUCUGGUUUUUAACAGAGUUAAAAACAAAAUAUUUAACAACGAAAAAGUUAAAAACUCUGAUAACAGGGAACAUGGUCAGUUGGAUUCAAAAAUAAGAGAUGCGCUAAGAACGAUUUCUGCUGCUGUGGAAUUACCAAUUUCUGCAAUAAAGUUUACUUUGUCAAAUGUUACAACAGGUUUGGAUACCGACAGAAGUUUUUCGAAUUUUGACAGUUUCAGAGAUAGAUUUGCACUAAUUUACCCAGGUACAAAAUGGUGUGGAAAUGGUGACAGAUCAAGAUCAAUAGAUGAUUUGGGAUACCAUCAAGACACCGAUAUGUGUUGUCGAGACCAUGACAAUUGUCCUGUGGGAAUUCCAGGAAGAGAAUCACAGUAUGGACUUCACAAUACAGGUUUAUUUACAAGAUCCCGUUGUGACUGCGAUAAAAACUUCUACAACUGCCUGAAAUCUUCAAAUUCAGUAACAUCCAAUAUGAUUGCGUUUACGUAUUUUUCGCUUUUAGGUCCACAAUGUUUUGAUCUGAAACCGAGAAUUUUAAGUUGUUUGGAGUUUAGAAUCAAUCGAUGUGUUAAAUAUCAGUUUGAUUACAAUAGCGAACCUAGGUACCAGUGGUUUGACAAUCCAAUUUAUCAUGUACAUUUACUUAAUUAA